AAGGCCGCCAUUUUGUGCAGAGCCUACUCUGCUAAAGCGGGAGAGGAUUAAAACCGCCGGAGAAGAGGGGUGCGUUUUUCUGCCAUCGUCGACAGAAAAGGGAGCGAACGGUUGGCUUCCAUUCGGAAUUAACGGGAAAACAAGCGGAAGAAAGCAGCUCCUAGGUUGUAAUCAUGGAAGGCGAGCCAACCGAUACAGUCAUUGAUGAAGGUGGCGAUGCCUUCAGAGCAAAGGAAUGCAAGACGUACCAGCGGCGCCGUGAAGGCGGGGUGGACGACGAGGAGGAGGUGGCAGUGGAGCUGCUGCACGGCCAGGCAGGGGGCAUGGAUGUGGUGGAGCAGCAGCCUGACGGGUCUUUGGCGGUGGUGGAUCAGCAGCAACAGCUGGUGCAGGAUGUGGUGAACAGCAACAUGGAGAUGAUGGUCAUGGACUCCCUGGAUCCAGCCCUGCUACAGAUGAAGACGGAGGUGAUGGAGACUGCAGUGGUACACCCCGACGCGACCGUGGGUGUGCCGGGGACAGGCCACGAGGCCACAGUCACCACGGUGGAUGAGACUCAGAUCAUCACACUGCAAGUGGUGAACAUGGAGGAGCAGCCGCUGGGAUUGGGGGAGCUGCAACUGGUGCAGGUGCCCGUGUCUGCUGUGCCCGUCAGCACGGGCGCUGUAGUGGAUGAGCUGCAGGGCACGUUUGUGGAUGCUGCCGCCAUGCCCAAGGAUGGAGAGCCUGUCAUCUGCCACACGCUGCCUUUGCCCGAGGGCUUCCAGGUCGUGAAGGUGGGAGCGAAUGGGGAGGUGGAGACCGUGGAACAGGAUGAGCUCCAGGGACAAGAGCCACCAGAGCAGCCAAAUGAGGAUCCAUCCUGGGCUAAGGACCCUGACUACCAGCCCCCUAUACGGAAGCCCAAAAAGACCAAGAAGAGCAAACUGCGCUACAACACCGAGGAGGGGAAGGACAUGGAUGUGUCCGUCUAUGACUUUGAAGAGGAGCAGCAGGAGGGGUUGUUGUCUGAAGUCAAUGCAGAGAAAGUGGUGGGCAACAUGAAGCCCCCUAAACCGACCAAAAUCAAGAAGAAAGGUGUGAAGAAGACGUUCCAAUGUGAGCUGUGCAGCUACACCUGCCCACGCCGCUCCAACCUGGACCGUCACAUGAAGAGUCACACCGACGAGCGGCCGCACAAGUGCCACCUGUGUGGACGGGCCUUCAGGACCGUGACUCUCCUGAGGAACCACCUGAACACGCAUACGGGAACCCGGCCACACAAGUGUACGGACUGUGACAUGGCGUUCGUGACCAGCGGUGAGCUGGUCCGGCAUCGGCGCUACAAGCACACGCACGAGAAACCCUUCAAGUGCUCCAUGUGUGACUAUGCCAGCGUGGAGGUCAGUAAGCUGAAAAGGCACAUCCGCUCUCACACUGGGGAGCGGCCAUUCCAGUGCAGCCUGUGCAGCUACGCUAGCAGAGACACCUACAAGCUUAAGAGACACAUGAGGACACACUCAGGAGAGAAACCGUACGAGUGCUACAUCUGCCACGCCCGUUUCACACAGAGCGGGACCAUGAAGAUGCACAUCCUGCAGAAGCACACAGAGAACGUGGCGAAAUUCCACUGCCCUCACUGCGACACUGUAAUCGCCCGCAAGAGCGACCUGGGGGUCCACCUGCGGAAGCAGCACUCGUACAUCGAGCAGGGCCGGAAGUGCCGCUACUGCGAUGCCGUGUUCCACGAGCGCUACGCCCUCAUCCAGCACCAGAAGUCCCACAAGAACGAGAAGCGCUUCAAGUGCGACCAGUGCGAUUAUGCCUGUCGACAGGAGCGUCACAUGGUGAUGCACAGACGGACCCACACUGGGGAGAAGCCGUUUGCCUGCAGCCACUGUGAGAAAACCUUCCGGCAGAAGCAGCUCCUGGACAUGCACUUCCGUCGCUACCACGACCCCAACUUCGUACCCACUUCUUUUGUGUGCACUAAGUGCGGCAAGACGUUCACGCGCAGGAACACCAUGGCCAGACACGCGGAGAACUGCAUGGGCCCGGAAGGAACUGACGGCGAGAACGGCGCCCCUCCGAAGAAGAGGGUGGGCAGGAAGAGGAAGAUGCGAUCCAGGAAGGAUGACGACGACGACAGCGACGCUCAUGGAGAACCUGAGAUGGAUGAUGUCGAAGAGGAGGAUGAGGAGGACCUGCUCGCUGCUGAGAUGGAAGUGGAACAGGCGCCGCCCAUUAUUCCAAUCCCGGCCCCCAUGCCCCCGGUUGUGAAGAGGAAGCGAGGCAGGCCGCCCAAGCCUAAGCCAGCCCCACCUGCUGCCAUCAUCCAGGUGGAGGAUGAGAGCACGGGCGCCAUCGAGAACAUCAUCGUCAAGAAGGAAUCGGAGCCCGAGCAGGCUGCCCAGAAGGCAGGCACAGAGGCAGAGGAGGCUGAGGCUGAGGGGGAGGCCGUGCAAAUGCCCAUGGUCGACACCGCCCCCAACGGCGACCUCACGCCUGAGAUGAUCUUGAGCAUGAUGGACCGGUGAUGUGUGUGUCACUGUUCCCGUCUGUGUCCGACUACCGACAGACCCUCCCCAAACCUCCCUGUUUUGUACGUAGUUUUGUCUCUGGGUCUUGAUUUCUGCCCAAAGUACAUUGAGAGAUUGGUUCUGCCUGUUUUUCCGAACCUUCCUUGCUUUCACUGUUCCCUCCCCUUUCAUUUUAUUCUUGAGGUUCCACUCAGUGACUCUGUAAGAAGCCCCUUUAUACAGUCUCUGCUGCAAUGUUUUUUUUUUUAUUAUUAUUAUUUUUGUUUUUUUUCCUUUUGCUCUAACAAGAUGAGUUUUUGAGCAUUUUUGAGUUUGGUGUAAGACGAUGGAUCGGUCUCCUGCUUUGUCCCAAAGGUGAGAGAGGGCGACAGGUGAAUUUUGUCUUAGGAGCACAGGACGGCGAUGACUUCAUGGUGACCUCCAUUAUAAAUUUACCAGCAAAACACGAUGCCCUUAAUGUUUGUCAUGGCCUUGCAUUCACUCUUCUUUGAACCUAGCAAGAGACAGGGGAUGCCCCCCCCAUUGUCACCUGGGACAGGGAUUCCUGCUUAAGAUGCCUUUGUGUGCGAUUUGAUGCUUGCUUGUCCAGGUUAGGCCUCUUCCUAAAUACAGAUUCAUUAUAGAAUGAGGGCAAAGGCGGCCACUGGUACUUUUAAGGCUAUGACCAUUGUACAAAUAGAAAUAUUGGCUAAUCCUGCUUGUAAAUAUAUUUUUUAUUUUCGAUUUGUUUUGUUAUGCCAUACAUUUUAAUCAUUUUUCUAGUGAUGGAAGACCUUGUACAUUAUGGAAGAAUGAGGUUUUAACAGGAGCUCUGGGACUUCUGUCUGUAAAGCGGUCAGUCACUCGUGUGAGUGCGUGUAAAUGUUGGGGGGGGGGUGUUCUUUUUCCGAACGUCCUGCAGGGGGUGCAAUCCUCCUGUCUGACCUCUUAAGGAGCUCUGGAGUCCGCUGACCACAAGCUGUUGAGAUGUGAAGGUUGGGUGCAUGUCAGACACGCGCGCAAACACAGUGUAACCCAGAAAGAGCCUUCACACAAAUUUUGGGGGUGAUUGUGAAAAAUAAUGGUUUCUGUUUAAUUCCAAACUACUGUGUUGACAGAGGUAUUUUAUUUAACCAGCUACAAAUCUUUUAACUGAAAAUUAUAGUAAAGAUGAAGCAGUUUAUUAAGGUGAUGUUUCUCUCUUUUUUUUUUUUUGUUAGUUUUUUUGCUUUUGGAGUAUGAUUGUAUCCCUGGCACGUUGGUAUCACGUCACAUGCUGUGGCCACGGGGUCUUUGAACAAAUGUAAAGAAUAAUCAAGUCCAAUGAGGAAGCUGGAAGGAUACCUGUACGAAUUAGCGUUUGCUGAACAACACCUGCUUUUACGGAACAUUUUCUGCUCUUUCAGAAUGAAGUUUCCUCCGAUACGUAAUUGCAUUUAAAAUUGCUUUUUGUUAAGCUCUUAAAUAUAGGUUGAUGCAUUUUUGUACCUAGCUGUACUGUGUGACUUUUUUCAGUAGUUGAAAGCAGACAUUAUAAAGACCUUUAUUAGGGGUGGGGGGGCGCAGGGUGACGUGAGAGGCUCGGUGGAGAAUGUAUUGCUGUACAGCUAAUAAAAAGAAAUUGACCUUAACACACGUU